AUGGAAGCCAGUAGUCUAGUUGCGGAGAGGCCGACGGGCGGCGAACAGGAUCCGGGUCACGCGCGGUGCGCGUUCUACCUUCCCCGGAAGCGGCGAUCGUGUGGGAUGGCGCCGAAGGCCGGCGCGCGGUUCUGCGCGGAGCACCAGCCCGGCGACAGCGGCACAGCUGCGCGCGUGCCGUGCCCGCUGGACCCGCGGCACACGGUGGCGAAGGCGCAGCUGCGGUCGCACCUGGCACGCUGCAACCGCACCAAGCAGGACCAGGCGCUGCGCGCGGAACGCGAGCACAUGCCGUGGUACGAGGCAGGCGUGAACUCGGCGGCCCGGCCAGCGGCCGCGGCGGCAGAUGAGGCGACCCUGCAGGCGGCCGUCAUGCGCGCGAUCCCCGUGCUGGCGCAGAUAGCCGAGGCCGAGUUCCGCGCGCCGCUACGCGUGGCGGUGCUGUCCAACGCGCAGGUCGAGCACGUGCGUUUCCCGCAGCUGCCCAGCAACCGUAAGCACGCGCUGCAGCAGUCGUCGCUGAUCCAGCACCUGCGCGAGGCAGGGCUGUGGGUGGCGCCGGAGCGGCCCGUUGCGUACGUGGAGUUCGGCUGCGGCCGCGGUGAGCUGUCGCGGUACAUUAACCAGGCGGCCGUGCUGGAGCAGCUGGAGCGGGGCGGGCCCGCGGCGCCGCCGGCGUUCGUGCUCGUGGACCGGGCGUGCCCGCGCAUGAAAUUCGACUCCAAGUUUGCCGAGGACGUCGCGGAGUUGCAUGCCCGGUUCUGCCCGAGCGUGCCGCCGGACGAGCGGCCAGCGCCGGCCGUGACUCGGAAAAAGAUAGACAUCCGCGACCUGCGCCUGGCGGCCCUCCUGUCGCCUGGCCUCGAGCACAUUGCCGUCUCGAAGCACCUGUGUGGUGUCGCCACAGACCUCACGCUGCGCUGCCUGGCCGCAGGGCCGCGCGCGUCGCUCUGCGGCGCGCUGAUCGCCAUGUGCUGCCGCCAUGCCUGCAAUCCCGCCGAGUACGCGAACCCGGCCUAUGUUGAGGCCCUGCUGGCCCGCCACGCCCCGGAUAUGUCCUACGACCUCUUCUUCCUCGCACUGAUGAAGAUGGCCUCCUGGGCGGUGUCCGGGCGCCGCCCCGGCGUACCGGACACCGAGGUUGGCGGCCACUUCUCCGGCCUGGCAAUCGCGGAGCGGGAGCGUCUGGGGCAUCUGGCGCGCCGCCUCGUGGACGAAGGCCGUAGGCAGUACUUCGCGGACCUGGGCUACGACGCAGAACUACUUGUGUACUGUGAGCGGGACACUUCACGUGAGGACAUUGCGCUGCUUGUCCGGCGCCCUGCCUAG